UCCUUUUAUUUAUGGAAACUUUGAGUACUUUCCUUUUUCUCGAAAUAUUCCCGGAGAUACGUCUUUAAGUGCAGGAUUCUUCAAGAGGCUUAAAUCUCUCCACGAAUCGCUCCAUUCCAGGAUGGAAAACGCAGCUUACUAGGGACGUGAUGUCCCUAUAAAUUGAGGCUUCAAUUUCUCUUUAUUCCUCACCAUUCUUUUUUCUUUUUGCAGGUAUGGAAUUCAACCUCCGAUGUUCAGAGUCCAUGCCUGAUUUCUCCAGGGUUAGAAUGAUGGACGGAGACGCAACCGGUAAGCAGCCUUCUUCAUCCCGCGGCGUUUUUAGGUCUCAGAUCCAAACUCCGUGCGCUUUGAUCAAGGACCUCCCAGACAGAGACCAAGAAAUUGCGAUGGCAUUUAUCAAAGCGCUUGCGAUUCAACACAAGAAGUUAACGCUGGAACGGAAGAAACUUCGAAAAAAGAUUCAUCGAAUGCAAUGCAGGGUUACUGUGAUAUCGCGAGAUCUUCACAUCCUCAGCUCUCACCCCGGAGAAUGGAUCGAGCUUGGAAUCUUCGAAUUCGCUCGCAUUCCGGAUUGUAUGAUGCCGAUUCUCAACCUUGCUGGUCAAGGAGUUCAGGUGUUCUGUUCAUCGAGAAGAGUCUCCUAAUUCGGGAUGCGGGCGUGACGACGCUUAGUCUUAUUUGCUUUAUUGUUACUUUAUUUCCAGUGCUUGUUUGUUCGCAUAGUCGAACUUUUUCCUUUAAAUGAAUAAAAACAAAUUUUUAUUAA